UAUGAGUUUGGAUUCGUCUUAAAAAUGCGAUGAAGAAACUGGUUUAAAAUCUAUGGCUCCUGAACCUCUAGAACUUGAUGAAAGUUAUCAAACCCCUGUUGAUAUUAGAUGGGGAAAUUGCUAUCCAUUAUUUUUAAAAAACAAUAUACCAAAAAUUGUUAUUGGCCCUCAUUGUAAUAUUUUACUAAUAUUAUAAAAUAGGGCCAUUGUUUAUAUGUGCAUAUUCUUUAUUUGUUGCAGCUAGUAUCUUUUUAAUAGGUUGGCAUUUUACCAGUACUUCAUCAGAAUUCAUAAAAUGGGCAACUUUUAUAGUCUGUAUUAAUUAAUGUUGGAGUUAUGCUUGGGUAGCUUUAAUUAAUCCAGGAGUAAUUAAUUAUGAUAAAAAUAAUUAAAUUGAAACUAGAACAAGAUGUGCACCAUAAUUAGACAUUUAAAAUGAUAGCAAAACUUGGUAUUGUACCAAGUGUAAAUUGUUAUAAUUGCAUGGUACUGUACAUUGUAGUGAUUGUGAUGUAUGUAUUUAAGAGAUGGAUCAUCAUUGUCCAUGGACAGGAAAAUGUAUUGGUAAAGGAAACAUCAAAUAAUUUUAUUAUUUUCUUGCUAGUACUUUAAUAUUUAUGAUUUUUAACAUCAUUGCUUCAUUAACAUAGCUAGAUGGAGCAUUAAAUGGAACAAGAAGGAAAAUUAAAUAAGGAAGUUGA